UAACAUCGUUCGUUCUAUUUACAGUACUGGUUCGUUUUCAGUGAGUCACAGUUCUUACACAAUUGUAUUUAUGAAGGAAAUAACCAAUUUAAAAAUUUGUAUUUGUGCUAUGUUCGCUAUCCACGAUAAUAGUAUGUAGUAUGUAUAAAGUAUAUAAAGUAAAUAUGCACAUAUUCACAUUACAAAACUUAAUUCGAAGGAAUAUGUUUAGAAAUGCCAAUUUCCAUAAUUACCGGGUCUCUUACUUCCAAUAUGCAAUGUCACUUGCCAAGGAAACCCCAUCCUCUCUAUAUAACAGGAGCGGGGAAACUUCCAAAGUUGCAGCUUUCAGAGACAGCAGCUGUAUUCUUAAGUUGUAGCUCUUUUGCAAAGAUAAUGUACCAGUAGCAGUAUCCUGCCAAUAUACACGCGGUCAGCAGGUUUCAUUUUUUAGUCUUUAUCUAUUCUUGGGUGAGAUACACUGCUUCAAGAAGUUUUUUCCGUGUUUUUGCUUCUGUUCAUUUUCUACUACGAUAUUUUAACUUUGAUUGAUAUAUUUCUUCCAAAUAUGGUCGGCUUCUUUAUUACUUGUCCUCGCCGUUCUUGUCCUUCAUAUAGUCCCUUCGCUCUCAUUUAGAAAUCCCAGUCUUUCUGCGUUGAAUCAGCGUGUGUACUUUAAUGUGAUUUUCCGCAACGAACAGACGGCAGCUUGAGAUUUAUUAUAUCCCGCAUCUCGGCGUAGUGAAACCACCGUUACGGAGCAUAUCGUAUUUUACGGGGCAAGCGCUGAUGGGAUGGAAAUCUAAAUGCAACCCUUUACUUGCGCCUCGCCAAAUUCAAAACAGGUGGUGUAAAACUUUUGGCAUGAUAGCUAAACUCCAUGAAUUAGCACGUAGAUCGUCCCAAUGAUACUGCAUUGGUGUUGUCAGCAGGAUAUUAGCAAUUGAGAAAAAGUGAAAAAUUCUUGUGCAGCAGUGCGACAUACGAGUAUGUAUACAGAUGUGCUUUGUGUCAGUGCAAUUGGGGGUAAAAUGAGUGAAUUAUUCUUGUAAUCAUAUAACGGGUUAAUAUUGCCCAAGUGAUUUGUAGUCAAUUGCCCCCGAUGGUGUUUACGUGUUGUAAUUUUGGGCAACAUAUAUUGAUGAAAGCUUAAUACUAAUUACUUUGGAAUUUAACAAAGCAGCUAAUUGAUGUUAAUUGAUAUUGGGGAGACAGCCACUGAUAGGUUUUAAAUACGACGUCUACAGCAACUCAUUGCCCCCAACGAAAAUGCCAAUAAUUUGAGGAAUUAAGAUGGCGACAUAGAGAUAUAACAUAUCAAAGCGUCUAAUUAGCAACUGAAGUGUCAGACCUACUAAUUAUCUCCAUGCUUGUUUACACCAUUUCAUAGAGUUGCAUUCUCAAAUAACCUACUAACAAUGAUGGCAUCCUUUACUAUUAUCUCGUUUUAAGCAGUUGCUCGUAAAGAGGAAGUCAACAGAGAAAAGGCUAUAUACGAGCCUCAUAUAAGUGAGGGAACUCAUUUCUUCUUCCUGUUACUGUAAACAAAUUUGACCAAGUUGUUGCCGAACGAGGCGAUAAAUACACUCAAGGUGGAAGGAGGCUAAAAUUCAACGUAAAACUUUCUUAAGAACAGGGAGGCAUAGGUUACUGGUUGUGACAGAGGAAAGGAUGGGCGAUUUCGAGAGAAUUCGUUUAGUAAUCCUUGGAGGCGCCGGUGUAGGAAAAAGUUGUGUUCUUAAACGUUUUCUCUUCAAAACAUACUCUGAUAAGUAUCGAGCAACAGUGGAGGACCUUUACAACAGAGAAUACGAUCUAGGCGGAGUGACCCUUAAGGUCGAUAUUUUAGACACUUCUGGGGAUAUGCAAUUUCCUGCAAUGCGACGCCUUUCAAUAGCAACUGCUCACGCAUUCCUACUCGUCUAUGCAACGACAUCGGCUCCAAGCUUCGCCUGCGUGAAACAAUGCUUUGAAGAAAUUCGGGAACAACGUGCAGAUUUUCAGGACAUUCCAAUCGUCAUAGCAGGCAACAAAUCGGAUUUAGCCCAAACCCAUCGUGAAGUUCGACUUGAGGAAGUAUCAGAUUGGGUAUAUUGCGAGCUACCCAGACUCAGGGCAAAGGUUAUGGAGUGUUCGGCUAAGGAUGAUUACAAUGUGACAGAAUUAUUCAAAACUCUACUGUCGCUGUCAAGAUUCUUACCUGUAGGUAAUAACGAAAAUACAUCUGGAUUAAAACGUAGAUCAUCAGCAUACGUCAGUGCAACUAGUAAAGGAAAAGCAAGAAUUGGAAGUCCGUCAAUAUCCACUACUAGCAACACUUCAGUGUUAACGUCAACCUCGGCAAUAGCAGACCCAACAGCCAGUGGAGAAUCAAGAUUGAAACCCCGAUCGAGAUCUCUUAUACGAAGAUCAUCGCGCAAAGCAAAGCAACAAAUUCAAAAUGCACCAACAGAUGAUUGCAACGUGCAGUAGGAAAGAGAAACGGACAAAUUCUCUUUUUAAUCAGUUGGAUCUGUCUUUUACUUUUCUUUCAAAUGAGAGUUAAGAUUAUCCAGCAUAAAGGUGCUCAAAUCAACUUGAGAUACGAAAUAGGUUAACCCAUGAUCUCCUUCCAGAAUCUUCUAGGAUAUAAUAGUUGACGUUGUAUACAAUAAAUUUUCUAAUAUAUAAUAGCGUUGUUUUGUUUGUAUAGCUGUUUUUGAUUGCUGUUGUAAAAAUUACCAUUGAAAUUCAUUAUGGCGUUAUUUUUUAAAAGCACUGAUACAUUUUCCUACAAUCCUACAAAUGUUCAUAUUAGAUUUACUCAAAACUAAGGUGAAAAAGAUGUGUUGAGGCUACGUGUAGCUUUAUAUAUAAUAUAAGUUAUAUAGUUAGGAAUGCGGACAUAAAAGCAGAUAUUUGGAAAAGUUUCUAAAAGAAAGCGACAAAGGGUAUGUCAGAAUAACCCUUUAGAGAGCAAACUCCGCGCAUACGUCGUGUAAAUACAUUGUUUGUCGGGUGUUUCCAUAAAUUAUUUCCAGAUUUCAGGUUACAAACAGAAGAUAUGAACGAAUCGUCCAAUCUGCACAUACAUAUAUUAUGUAACUACAUUCGAAGCACGUUAUUAAUACGCAAUGUUGUUGGUAUAUUGAAAACGUUUUUUGCACUAAAAAGCCGAUUGUUAGUUCGAUUUUUUGUUAAAUAUAGUGUUGUAAGUGGUGAUAUUUGAAAAAUGUAAUCGAAAAUGUGGCAAAUUCAAAAUGAAGUAACUUUCUUCUAAAAAUGCGCAUCAUCAAAUUAAAAGUUCUUAAUAAACAUUUCAUGAGAACUUACUUCCAAGUAAAAUUGCUCGUUUCGAACAUAUUUUAAUGUGAAAUUUAUCAAAACUGAGGAGACUCUUAGCAUGUAUAAUAUUUAGACAAAUACGGUGUAAAUAAGAGAAACGAUGCAAAGUGAAUUGUGAUGAAAAUAUUAGAUAUUUGCAGUUAAAAUUAUACAACAAAACUGAAGGAUAUACUAGUUCUUUUCCUCCAUUUUGAAUUGAAUAACAGGAAAUCACUAACUCUACUUUCCAUUGAAUUUUUCAACCGAAACUAAACGCAUUGGAACUAGUUAUAGAAAGAAGUGAGUAAUACAAUAAUUUUGAAAUUAUAUGUUUUAACUUAUGUUCCUAUUUUCAAUUAGGUAUGUACUUAUAUACGUAUAUUUGCAAAAGAUUUUUGAUUAACGCUGACGAGGUGAAUGAAGUGGUGAAACUAAAUUUUAUCAUUGAAUGUCCCCCCAAUACAUAAGUUAUAAUGUUUACAUUGUUAUAUGAGACUGCAAAUAUUUAUACAAAAACUAUUGCAGUCUAAGAAUGGUGGUAACAAGCGUGGAGCUGAUUCUCUUAAUUCUUGGAAAGUGUCACAUGCUCCCACAUAUUUACUUCUAUCAUUUAAUAUAAAUGCUACACAGGUUGCCGAUUUUUUACAAUAUCAAUAGGAACCAACGUACAGAAAGUAACGUUCCAUAUAAUACACGCAAAAUGCAGCACCCUUUAAUAUCUUUAACAUUUGAGCAGUCAGUCAAGAUUGUUAAAUAACUAAAUGCUAAUAUAUAUCGCGGGGGCAUUAAAGGUGCAGGUAAUUUUUAUUAGAAAUUAAAAUGCGAAGUAAAUCGAGAACUUAACUUUGGAGAUAUGCAUUGUUGUUAAAUAUAAAAUAUAAGAAUAUUCAUAUUGUUUACUGAAUCAAAAAUGGUUUCUGCUGUUAGCAUAUUAAGGUAAGACUUUUUGAAACUACAGUUGAGUAGGUUUGAAAGUUAAAUAAAUCAAAACAAAUCACUACAGAAAAUACAAGAUUAAAUUAAUAGGGCCAAUCCAAGGCCCAAUCAUAUUUGAUAAAUGAAUAACAAGGACACACAAUUAUGGAAUUGAAAGUUGAGAUCUCACGCAAUUGAACUCCCUCCUAGAUAUGACUGAAUAUUUGCCAACUUUUUUAACAGCCUCACUUUAUAGCACAAAAAUCUAUAAGAACGCACCCCUAAAUCAACUUAUAUAUGCCACUUUUUCAUGCUUUUAUACAGUGGGUAGGCAUUUUAAAAUCGACUUAAAAUUUUCAAACUCUGUAGAGUUCGAUUGUUACAAUUGUCCACUUCAAACACAAUAGAUUAAAUAUUGAUAAUAAGUUGCUUAAAGUAUUUUAAGAAAGUGUGAUAUGAAAGAUUUUCAAACUCAUAAUAAAAACGGAAAAAUAGAUUUGCUAAAGUUCUGCCUUGUAAUACCGAACUGAUCGAAUUUUAAGGUAGACAAUGUAUAGCGAGAGUCUUCGAAUUUUUAUUUUUCAAUUUAGUGAGCAGCAUAUAAAAGAAUUUCGCCCUGGAACCACCGUUCGAUCUAAUAAUUGCGGUUGUUAACAUUGUCUUCAUAAUUUUGUUUUCAAAUAGUAAUUUUUCAUGAAAUAAUAAAAAUUUAACAUUUAGUGGGAAAGUUAUUACACUGGCAGCUAUUAUCAAAGAAUAACAUCAUUCCAAUCGUUUGAAUAUUUUGAAACAAAUUACUUACAUUACUUGGAAUACGAAAUCGAAAAACGCAAUGUUGAAACUGAUGUUUUGCACGACUACAUACCGUAACGAAAACUUUAAAUGCGUUGUCCUUCGAACAGUAAUUGAAAAUUUUAUAUUUUUCUUAAGCUUAUCAUCAUAUAUCUAUAAAAGGUUUGGAAAUAUUAUAAAUGCGUUUUUUAACUUUGAGUAAUGAAAUUUGUGAUAACUUGACAACCAAUGUCAUUUCAUUAUAAAAAUAAAUGUUUGAUCGCUAGCUCUUGUAUUUAAGGAACUAUUUUCAAUUGGUUCAUUCUUCUUGAUAUUAUUGUUAGGUUGCGUUUACCAUUUGGUGCUGUGUGGUAGUGUGCAGUGCUCGUAAUUUAGCCGAAGAGGCAGCAUUAUCUCCAAUUAUCGACGGAGGGAAAAAAUUGACUGCUAAGUAAAAAUAAUUAUGAUACGUUGAAGUGAUGUUGCCCCUUAAAGUGGUCUUUAGCCCAAUAUCUAGGAAGUCGACGAAACUCAUAAUCAAAACCACUUGUUAAAUCAAAAUUACUUCAAAAUAAAUAUCAAAGUACCUCUUAUACCUGUAUAAGUAUCUAGUAUUAUCACUUAGCCAAACAAGGAAGUAAAUCAAAAACAAAAUAAAGGGGAUCAAAAUGUAAAAGAACUGGCAUAUUUUGAAAAUAAUUAUCCAGCAAAUCCGUUUAUAUUUUUAAUCUUUGAAAAUAGCAGUUUCAAGGCAACUCAAAGUUUUUCCACAUAUAUGUGUAUUUGAAAGUUUAUUAUCCGAACUGUCAUUUGACCAAUUAGCGUAAUUUGUGAAAAUUACAUAUUAAUCAUCUGAGUGUUUGAAAGAAGUAUCAUAUUGAUCAAUGUUGAUAUGUUCAAUAUAAAAUUAACUAAAGAAUUUACUGGAGUAUUAAGAAUACGAUGAGCAGCCGUUGAGAUCAACUAACUUAUUAAAGAUUGUUCAGUGUAUCGUGUUUAAAUCAAGGAAUUCCAAUUCUGAGACGAAUGAAACCAUUAUUAGCGCUCUACACAAUUAUAAUAUAAGACCGCGUUUUGAUUCAAAAAGCACAAUAAAACGAAGAGUAAUUUAUUAAUAAUAAAGUUUUCGCUGUUGAGAAAAACUUCUUUUUUUAUUUCAUCUGGAAUUAAUUUUAGAAUCAAGGAUUGAUAUAUUGAGUAAAUUUUGACCCUUGCAGGGAUGUUAUUUUUCGUCCCUUGCAUAGUGAUGCGAACCAAUAAUUGCCAAUCCGGCGACUGAUUCAAUUUGAGAAGUAUAUCUCUUGGAUCCAUGCAUCAGCCAUCCAACUGGGUAAUGAUAAAAUCCACAGAUUACGGUCAAGUUAAACCAUUAGUUUAACAGCGUCUGAAU